AAGUGUUCAGACUGGAAGGGGGUUGAAAGUUGGAAAGUGUCCGGACUGGAAGGGGGGGGAAAGUGUAGCCGGAACUGGUUUUUUAGGGGGGGGGGAAAAGUGUUCGGACUGGAAAAAACUUGGGGGGGAAGUGUCCGGACUGGAAGGGGGGGAAAGUGUCCAGACUGGAAGGGGGUGAAAGUGUCCGGACUGGAAGGGGGGGAAAGUGUCCGGACUGGAAGGGGGGGAAGUGUCCGGACUGGAAGGGGGGGGGAAAGGUGUCCGGACUGGAAGGGAGGGAAAGUGUCUGGACUGGAAAGGGGGGGAAAGUGUCUGGACUGGAAG